GUCGGGAGGGGCUUAGGCUGGAGCUCUGGCGUGCGGCCCUCUCCACCAAAGCGCCCCCUCUGCAGCUACGCCUUUGCCAAUCCUGUCUCCGGGUUUUCGAGCCACACAAAUAGUUCUACCUGUCCCAAGGGGGCUCCUCACUCGGUCCCUCCCAGAAGGACUUGUAGUCCAAGUACAAUCCCCAAUGCCAAAAGCCUUGGGAGCCCGCGCCCAGUAAGAGGUGGUGCUUAAAGAACCCGGCUGUUGAGCUCCCCGGCCCUCGAGCUCCGGGUGAGGUGGGCGGAGCCCUGCUUUGGCGCGCUUUGAGACUGAGAAGCCUCCGCCGUCCUGCCUGCCUUCCCCCACCCUCGGGAGACCCCCGGGCGCCACGCAGCGAACGCUCUUCAAGUCUCCGAUUAAAUUUUAAAAAUGGCCUCCAAUAAAACUACAUUGCAAAAAAUGGGAAAGAAACAGAAUGGAAAGAGUAAAAAAGUUGAAGAGGCAGAGCCUGAAGAAUUUGUGGUAGAAAAAGUACUGGACCGUCGUGUAGUGAAUGGGAAGGUGGAGUAUUUCCUGAAGUGGAAGGGGUUCACAGAUGCUGAUAAUACUUGGGAACCAGAAGAAAAUUUAGAUUGUCCAGAAUUAAUUGAAGCAUUUCUUAAUUCUCAAAAAGCUGGUAAAGAAAAAGAUGGUACAAAAAGGAAAUCUUUAUCUGACAGUGAAUCUGAUGAUAGCAAAUCGAAGAAGAAGAGAGAUGCUGCUGACAAGCCCAGGGGCUUUGCCAGGGGCCUUGACCCUGAGCGAAUAAUCGGUGCCACAGACAGCAGUGGAGAGCUAAUGUUUCUCAUGAAAUGGAAGGACUCAGAUGAAGCUGACUUGGUGCUGGCAAAGGAGGCGAAUAUGAAGUGUCCUCAGAUUGUCAUCGCCUUCUAUGAGGAGAGGCUGACUUGGCAUUCUUGUCCCGAAGAUGAAGCACAAUAAUUGUUUGCAUUUAUAUAUAUAUAUUUAUAUAUAUAUAUAUAUAAUCUGGAUCUUGGGUUUUGAAUUACUAGUGUGGAAAAAAUAGCAUUCUAAUGAAAAUCAAGUUUGAUAUGCUGGUUUUGAAAGUAUUGACAGUAGUUGGGAUAUUUUUGGUUUUUGUUCUGCAUCAAAAGGCACUGAUUCCUUUGAGCAAGUGAGAGCUUUCUGUAGUUGCUUCCUUUAACAGUAGAAUAUUUGAUACCAUGUUGUAUUUCCUCAGCUUUGAAGAACAGCUUUUCUUAAUUGCUGGGGAGAUUUUACAGUCAUUACUCAAGUCAGAACUUAUUUUUAACUGGGACACAGAAGGACCAUUCUGGGUUUUUUUGUUUGUUUGUUCGUAUGCAGUGUAUGCAUAAAACACUUACAUAACCUGUCUGUUUUAUCUUUUUUUUAAUACUCAAAAGAACUGAAUGUGAAAACGCAAGUUGAUGAGAUUCCAUCACCGUGAAUGUUCUCCUGAAACCAUAACCUUUCAGAAUAAGCAGAGUCUGUAAUUUAUUGGAUAGUUUAUUUACAGAAUGUUGUCCAUACCAACACCCCUUCAGGAAAUGGAAUUAGACAACAUAGUAGUAUGAUUUAAUAGCAAGACUUGGCCGAGUAUGGUGGUGUGCACCUUUAAUCCCAGAACUCUGGAGGCAGAUAGAGCUCUGAUUUAAGAGGCCCCUGGUCUACAGAGGCAGGUCUAGGUCAGUGGGUCUGUGUAAAGGUUCCUCUGGUGAACCAUUCCUUUGUAGGACGUUAAAAUCUGUACUAAAAGGUUAUGAUUCAUGGAAUCUGUUUGAUGUGGAAAUAGAAUCAUGGUUGGAGCUGAUGUUGGCGAUUUAAGACCUGCUGACUAAGUGAGUGAACAAAAUUUGCUAAUAUCAAUUAGUGCCCUGCAUGCCUUUCCUUUACCCUGACUCAUUCCUUACGGGUAGGAUCAAUCUUUUCAGUAUUUGCAUUCUGGUUCAAUUAGCCAGAAAAGGAACUUUGUAGUGUCAGAAUGUCAUCCAACUGUAUAUUUACUUUAUUGUAAAUAAUGGUGAACAGUGGUCAAUAAAUAGUUUUAUAUUCCUUUA